AGUCAGCGGAGUUUGAACGCCGUCUCACACUACGACUCGUUACACGUUUCUAAAAAGUUUACAACGAGCAGCUUAGUGAGCUCUUGUAAUUGCACCCUCAGCAUUGUCGCAAGGUCCCGUCUUAAUACCUUGCCAUGCCUGGCACACAUCUCCUCCCACCAAAUCUUCUAAAACUAUUUGCACCACGACCGCCUCUUCCCUAUGCACGACCAGUUGGCAAAGACAUUCAUCGUGUAACCUCCAAAAAUGUUGAUGGUGUUGCAAGUAUCCUAGCGCGACUCAAGGAAGCCUCAACUGCAACAUUAAUCGCGGGGAAUGGUGAAGUUGGAGACGGGAUGGAAGAAGGCGAGGAACCUGCAUUCACACUGGCCGAAGAAACCAAACGGCAAAUUCGGAGAGAGGAACGCAAAAAGAAAAAGACAGAAGAGUUCAAGAUCGCAAAGGAGACCUACAAGCCUGCAGAUGAUGCGGAAGCCAUUGGAGACCCAUAUAAGACGCUCUUCAUAUCACGUCUGAACAAAAAUGCAACCGAAAGCGACCUUCGACGCGAAUUCGAGAGUUUUGGCACCAUUGAACGGGUAAGGCUUGUGCGGGACCAGAAAGGCCGUUGCAGAGGCUACGCAUUCAUCGUCUAUGAACGCGAACGAGAUAUGAAAGGUAAUGAUGGUAAAAGUGUUGUUUCUUUCAUUUGUACUGAGCUCUUUUUAGCGGCUUACAAGGAAUCUGAUGGUUUACAUAUCAUGGGCAAACGCAUACUUGUCGAUGUCGAACGUGGUCGGACUGUAAGAGGGUGGAAACCCCGUCGUCUUGGUGGAGGUCUUGGCGGACGCCCCAAACCAGUCGAACAACCCGUAUUGCCCCCUCCAAGAGUUCCCGGUGGACGAGGCGGUUUUGCAGGCGGUGGGGGAGGGGGUAGGGGUGGAGGAUUCGGCGACCGGGGCGGAUUUCGUGGCGGUCGCGGUGGAGGAUUUAGAGGGGGCGGUGGUGGCUUUGGGGAACGAGGUGGCGGUUUUGGGGACCGGGGUGGUUUCCGGGGUGGAGGUGGAGGUGGCUUCCGAGGUGGACGUGACGAUGGCUACAGGGGUGGUCGAGGCGGGGGCGUUGGUUACCACGGAGGUGGAUUUGGCGGUGAUGCUCCUGCUAAUGGCUUCGGCCCUCCAGGUGCACAAGCUCCUGGUGGUCCCGGUGGCUUUGGCGGUCCUCCACAACAAGGCUAUGGACCACCAGGAGGCGGCUUCGGUCCAGGUAGAGGUGGAUUCCGUGGAGACCUCAAACGUGAAGGACCUGGUGGGUAUGAUGACAGGGACGCCAAGCGACCGCGAUAUUAGUUGCGGCUGGGUGAGAUACGUCCAGUUUUUUUUUCGGUUCUCUCGAGCUUCUUGCUUCAAGUCCCAUGACUCUGCGCUAGGUGGGGUGUGUAAGUACUGAACGCUUUUGUUGUCACAUUGCUCUGCAGCCUUUGCGUAAGUAUCACUAUUUUAUUACUAGGAGAUUGCCUAUUUUUAUGGGUGAUGAUUAAGGCAAGCGUGAGUGUUAUACUGUUACGACGGCUUGAGCAAUAGCAGUCAUGAUGUACAGAUCUGAGAAGCGUAAUAAUGACUAUUAUGUGAGCUACGUACGUUUUAUUCGGAGGAUUUUCGGGCCAAUCAGCGCCUA